ACUUGGAAACAUCUCAGUGGACUAUGGUUCUGCGAAUCUUCAUAAUUACCACCUACCAAGACGAAGACCUCAACUUGAUUCGACUUGGAAGUUUGAUGGAUUCAAGUCAUUUUCCUUUCUAAUUCUUUCUUAAGACUAACUAUAAUUAAGUCUCUCCUUUUUAUCUGUCGGUUUCCUCACCAUAUAUAUUCAAUUUUCAGUUAUGGAGCUACUAAUUUUGAUUAAAUUUCAUUCUGAAAUGAGAGACAUUUAACAGAAGAACUUUCUGUCUGUAAAUAUUCUGUGUGGCUCAGGAAUACAAUGAAUGAUCCAGAUUCAGAAUAUGAUAUUAAUACACUGAUCCAAGAAGCUCAAGUUCGUUGGCUGAGGCCGGUUGAGAUCCAAUUUAUAUUACUGAAUCAUGAUGGGAUUUACCCCUUUACUGAAGUUGUCCCUCAAAACCCACAGAGUGGUUCAUUAUUCCUUAUCAAUAAGAAUGUGACCAAGUCUUUUCGUAAAGAUGGUCAUAAUUGGAAAAAGAAGAGGUCCGGUAGAACUGUUGCUGAAGGUCAUGAAAGACUCAAGGUAGGAGGAGUUGAAGUUCUGAGUUGUUAUUAUGCACAAGGAGCGGAGAAUCCUAAUCUUCGUAGGCGAAUAUAUUGGAUGCUGGAUCAGGCAUACCAUCACAUAGUUCUUGUUCACCACAGAGUCUAUACAGAUAUCAAUGAGGGAAGACGCAGUGCAGAGUCGAGCUCAACACUGAACUUUCCCUCUGUUUCAAAUACCGGGUUCCAAAUAGCACCAAACCAGGCUGCUGCUUCUGCAGUUAGUGAGUCAUACGGAACAUACCUAGAUCCAAGUCCAUUUAGUUCAGGGUCCAUGGAUCUCAUUCCCGAUUUACUUGACGAAAAGCUGUUUGAAGAAUGGGAUUCUCCAGAAGACAUUUGCAGUUUGAUGGAUGCUGAUGAAGGCAGUCUAGCAGAACAAAGAAUUGUGGAAAAUUUGAAUGAGAAAUCAACAGAUACAGAAAUUUUACUUCAACAAAAUAUGUCUGACCUGGAUGAACUUCUAGCUGCACAACUUGGACCAGAUUAUGGGGAGAACGUUGUUCAUUCUUGUGAAAUUGAGAAGCCACAAUCUACUUCGGAAAGGGACAAAUAUACUACAGAUCCCUACAAGAACAAUGAAGAAUAUUUGUACCAGUUGCAAGAUCCUAGUGGUAAUAACACCCAGAAUAGGAACGUUCAUAUCCCCAUAUUUGGAGAGGCUUCAAACUUCUAUCCUACUGCUUCUAUCCAAGAAAGUUCCUUGCUUUUUGCAGUUGAUAAUUCUACAGUUUUUUCGUACUCUUAUGGAUUAAAUACACUUGAGGCCGACCCCAACUGCUACAGCACAUUGUUUGACGCAGAGACUCAGCUUGCUCCUAUUGAAGUAGUAUCAAGGUUAACUGUUGCACAGAGUCAAAAGUUCAGCAUUCAAGAAAUAUCCCCAGAAUGGGGUUAUGCUGCUGAGUUCUCUAAGGUCAUCAUUACUGGGUUAUUUCAUUGUAAUUCAUCAGAGCAUUCAUGGAAGUGUAUGUUUGGUGAUACUGAAGUUCCUGUAGAAAUUGUUCAAGAAGGUGUUCUUCGUCGCCAAACUCCUGGGCAGGUCUCUUUGAUUCAAGAAGGUGUUCUUCGUUGCCACACUCCUCCACAAUCUCCCGGAAAGGUCAGUCUGUGUAUCACAGUGGGUAAUCGAGAAGCUUGCAGUGAAAUAAGAGAGUUUGAAUUUCGCACAAAUCCAACGACCUGUAUUCAAAAUAAUAAUCUACCCAAAACAGAUGGCAUGAGGAGUGCAGAAGAACUGCAGUUACUUAUCAGAUUUGUUCAGAUGCUUCUUUGUUACCCAUCAACGGACAAAGAAGAUGGUAUUACCUCAAGAACAAAUGCAUCCGAAAAAUUAAAUGCAGAUGAAUAUUUGUGGGAAAACUUGAAACAUGCGGUCCUAGUUGGCAGUGAGAGUGAAUCCAGAAUCAUGGAUUCACUUUUGCAAGAACUUUUAAAAGAGAAGCUGCCGCAGUGGCUUCACUCCAAAUUCAAGGAAGGAGAAACUCCAGGUUCUGCUAAUUUGAAGAAAGAUCAAGAGAUAAUACAUGUGGUUGCUGGAUUGGGCUUUGAGUGGGCAUUAAACCUGAUUCUACGUUCUGGGAUUGGUAUUAACUUCCGUGACACCAAUGGAUGGACCGCCCUUCACUAUGCAGCCUAUUUUGGAAGGGAAGAAAUGGUCGUUGCACUGCUAGUUGCUGGAGCAUCUGCCGGUGCAGUGACGGAUCCUACGCCAGAAGAUCCGGUUGGAAAAACCCCUGGCUCAAUUGCCAUUUUUAGAGGACAUAAGGGAGUAGCAGGUUAUCUCUCAGAGUUGGCCCUAACUAGCCAUCUUCGAUCCCUUACACUGGAAGAAAGUGAUAAUUCUAAAGGACUCAGUGCGGCAGAGGCAGAGAUAGAAGCUGAAAGCCUCUCAAAUGGGAUCCUUGAUUGCACCGACGAUCAACGCUCACUAAGGCAGUCUUUGGAGGCAGUGAGGAAUGCAGCUCUGGCUGCUGCACGUAUACAAAAUGCUUUUCGUGCACAUUCUUUUCGUAAAAGGAAGCAGAAAGAGGAUCUUGUUUCUGUUUGUCAUGAGUAUGGCAUCACUGCGGCUGACAUCCCUGCACUUUCAGCCACAUCAAAAAUGGCCUUCCCAAAGCUACGUGAUCAGGUUUUACAAAAUGCAGCUGUAAUUAUUCAAAAGAAAUACCGUGGUUGGAGCCGACAUAGAACAUUUCUAGAAUUGAAGCGGAAAAUAAUUCUUAUACAGGCUCACGUCCGAGGUCAUCAGGUGAGGAGGAAGUUGUUCAGAUGGGCCGUUGGUAUUCUUGAAAAGAUUUUGUUACGGUGGCGCCGCAAAAGAGUUGGGCUACGUGGAUUGCGACAAGAAACAGAAUUGGCUGAUGUAAGUGACGAUGAAGACAUCCUUAAGGUGUUCCGAAAGAAGAAAGUUGAUGUCACAGUUGAAAAAGCUGUUUCAUGGGUGGUAUCUAUGGCCCAUUCUCCUGAUGCACGCGGACAAUACCGCCGCCUCCUUGCAAGCUACCGGCAACAAGUUAAGGCGGAAUCAUGUACAGAAACAUCAUCAGCUUCUCGAGACGAUUCUGACUCCAUGGAGACCAACAACAAUGAUGAUUUCUUUCGGUUCCCAUUAUAGCAAAUCUGUAAUCACAUGAUCUCUGAUUUGCGCAAACCAAAUGUUUCAAAUUCUGUACAUACACAUUACAAUGAGCCUGAUAUGUAUUAACCAUACCGACCAGAAAAACCAAUCCACUAUCGUACCCAAAUCAAGUGAGUAAUAUUUAUCUUAUCAAUAUGUACCUUUUUUUCUUUUUCUUUUCUUGAAUGAAAGAUUAAAAUCCGUCCCAAAGUGCUGAGGAGGCACUGAAAAGAUACAUAAGAGGCAGCACUACAAUACAAUCUGACCAGAUCGACCACCUCUACAAUCUCCUCGACCUCCCUCACGACAUUCCAUCAACAGGUGUAUUUAGAGUGUAAGAUGCGUAUCAAGGUUGAAAUAAUAAACACGUGAUGACACCUCGACAGAAUAUACCCAACACGUGUCACUAUCCCACGUUUCAUUUGCUCCAUUGGAAGAUAAAACUGCUUUAUUUUGAUUCCUCUGUUGGGUAAAUGGAAAAAGAAGCAGCCAUGACUGAUGAUAAUAAAAUUCUCAUUGAGGUUAAGAAAAUCAGCGAUGAUGACGGAAGUGGUAGUAGUAAAACAGUAGUUAUAUCUGGGGGCGAUGAUGAGCUUCCUCAGAUGGAGUUGUUAAAUGAAGAUAAAGUGUCUUCUACUAAUAAGUUGCCAGCAGAACAACCAGUCGUUGAUUCGAAAGAGACUGCGUGUUCUAUAUUAGGCAAUGUUGAAGUAGAGAAGAAAAAUGAGAAAGGAAUGGAAGAGAUAGUUAAAGAACUUAAGAAAGUCCAGAAACAAAAUUCAAUAACUCAUUGUCUACUUUCUGUUAUGAUAUUGCUUACGGUAGCGUGGCAAUUAUCUGAGGUUUCACUCAUAUUAACGGUGAAGAAUAAGUUUACAAACCCUUUUAAGUCAGUUGGGAAUUUGAUUAAAGGGGCUAUCGCUGGUGGUGGUAUUGGGGGUGUUAGGGAAAGAAUUGUUGAAGGGAAAAGUAGCUGUGAAAAUGAUUCUAAAUCAAUAGUUUCAGAUUUUUGUUCGCAGAUUGAACCACCUCCUCUUCCCGAGCUAAGGAUUCCAGAUCUUGGGAAUAUGGACUUUCCUGGCUUAGGGUCAAAUGGUGGCAAUGAGGUUUAAUGAUGGGUGUUAUUUUUGCUGUCAUUAAUAGGAUUGAGUAAUUAAAUUUUAAAAACCUUUUCUUCUGUAAUCUGGUAUGUGUUUCUAAUCCUAUUUCAGCCGGGUUUGGAAUUGUCAGCUAUGGCUUUUGAUUGAAACAACAUAAAAUGGCGUCAGUACUCAAAUCAAAAUCAUGCAUGUUUGUAUCAAUUAGUGUAAUAAUAAUCUGGUAGGCUUUCAAAGUCAAACAAACCUUGAACAAAAUUUUCUUCAAUAAUAUGCUGAUUGGUA